ACCUUUGUUAUAUCAGUAUAUUUAUUAAUAUCGAUAAUAUUUUAAUUAAUAUUUUUGCGCGCACACCUUGUUACUUUAAUACAAGUGUUUAUUUAAAAAACAAGUGUUUUUGUGUGUUUGUGAGCCGGAUCUAUUUAUUCACACCAUAAUUACCCAUUCACACUUGCAAAUAAAUCAAUGAUUUUAUUAUACAACUAAACUAUACCUGGAUUAAAUCAAACAUGGAUUACCACCAAUUAAGACACUUAACCACCAUCAUCACACUAAUCACCCUGUUAUGUAACCCCUUAAAAGUUUACGGCUAUAGCCAGGGCGCGCCUACCCGUGCCUGUGCCACGAUGGUGCCGGGUCACGGUGUGCCGGCUCAGACAGGGCCGGCAGAUAACUACGCCCUACAAGUGGAGCCUAUUAAUGGGGGUCGGGAUGUGUCGGUGUCUAUAGUGGCUAACACUGGCCAUACGUUUACCGGGUUUAUGGUUCAGGCCAGGCAUGCGGCCAAUCGCCAGAAGCUCAUCGAUGGGGUGUUUAAUGAAGACAAACACUCGCAGAUCAGGAACUGCGGCACCGAUAGGGCC